AGGUGUCGUGUUUCAAUGUUUGCUCCGAAAACUGAAUGAUGGAUAGAUAACACUAUAUAUGUGGAUAGUCAUUUACUAAUAACCGGUUAAAUUUCGUUAUAUUUUUCACCUUGAAAGCAGGAACGUCGAGAUCCCGCUCAAAACUAAACUUGAUUGUUGAUAAAUAUGCUGCGUGACAGUAGAUGGAGCAACCGGCUGCGAUGAGUCAGUCAGCUUGACGUUUCGAGUGAACGAUCGAGAAAUAGAAAGAAAAAUCAAAGAAAAAGAAAAGCAGAAGAGGAAGGAGAGACAAUCGCAUUUUACCUUGUGCGUGUUUUAUUCGACAAAAUGAAUAGACUAUUUGGUCGACCUAAAGCCAAAGAACCGUCACCAAGUCUCACCGACUGUAUCGCCGGGGUUGACAGCAGAGCAGAUACUGCGGAGAAAAAGAUAGCAAAAUUAGAUGCCGAAUUGAAGAAAUACAAAGAUCAGAUGAUUAAAAUGAAAGAUGGCCCGGCGAAGAAUGCGGUGAAGGCUAAGGCGUUACGCAUUCUGAAACAGCGCAAGAUGUAUGAAGCGCAGGUGGAUAACUUGCGUCAACAAGCCUUUAACAUGGAACAGGCAAAUUAUGCUACACAAACGCUGAAAGACACUCAGGCAACUGUGGUCGCCAUGAAAGAAGGAGUGAAACAAAUGCAGAAAGAGUUUAAAAAUAUCAAUAUAGAUCAGAUCGAGGAUCUUCAAGACGAUUUGGCGGAUAUGUUGGAACAAGCGGACGAAGUCCAAGAGGCGAUGGGUCGCAGUUACGGUAUGCCAGAUAUAGACGAGGAUGAACUAGCAGCCGAAUUAGAGGCUCUCGGAGACGAUUUGGCUGUCGACGAAGACACCAGUUACUUGGACGACGCGAUCAAAGCACCUAGCGCUCCUGACAAAGAACCUGGCGCGAGUUCCAUCAGGAACAAGGAUGGCGUUUUAGUAGACGAGUUUGGUUUGCCACAAAUACCAGCCAGUUAAAACGCUGAUAAAACAUCGGUAUAAAUUAAUGUUAUGUAUAUUAAUUAUCUCCAAAGAUGAUGAUUGAUUUUUGAAUGACUUUCAAAAGCUUUUGCUACGUAUGUAUGUAGUACACAGAUAAUGUGCUCAGUAUUCCAAAUUGUUUAUGUGGAUACAAAACUCGCGCAAGCUGUAAAUUUUCAAUGAAACGUAAUUUUAUUGUUGCCAAUACAUAAGCUGUGUCAUUCUAUUUUUAUUGUUUUGUGUUCAUAUUGUUAAUGUACAGAUCAAAUUAAAUAAAACAAUCUAAUUUAAGAAUUUAAAGUAUCUGUAACCGAGAAAUAUUCUUUUGACUUUUACUUUGCAGCUCUGUGUACUGCAUAAUCAAAUUUGAAAUUGUUUCUUUGCAAUCAAUGAAAUGCGUUUCUUCGAAACCAUGUACUUGGGUGUAGUGAUACACAUGUGCCUUCCUUCUGUACAAUCUCGUAAACUGUUCUAUUACAUUUUUAAAUAACGAGAUCAUCGAGGAAGAGUUUAAAAGACACAACAAAGAGAUUGAGUGUCCAGCUGGGGGUACAGAACACAAACCUACUUUCAUAGCUUCAUUGCUCCAAUCUGUGAACGUAACCUUUUUCCGAAAUCUAGAAAUGUUUCGUUUUAAAUCGUUCACAGAACAGUUUCCUCUAGCAACAUGCGCAGCACUCAAAAUCAUAGACCCUGAUUGUAGCGGAUCUAGUUUAAUUAACUGACUAUUUCGUGACCAUGCAUUAAUAAAUAUUUCAUCUAUUAGCCUUAAAAAAAUAUACAAAUUACAUUUUUAUAAUUUUACAUAAUGGCAUCAUAAGCUAACAAGUACUUUGUUCCUGAUACACUGUACAUCGUUGGCGCGGAUAACGUUAAUGGACUAACGCUACUGAAUAUAUAAUGUAAUUUAGGGUACGGUACGAGAUUCGUUGCUAUUUCGUUCAUAUCCAUAUUUAAAUUACCAGGAAACCUAGAUCCACUAAAAAGCAUAGUAUCCCUAUUUUCAAAAUAUAUAGUUACAAACAAGAAUUUGUGAAACUGAUUGCAAUUACCUGGUUAAAUGAAGAAGCAUAUUUGCAACAAUACUGUUCAUAUCUUGAAAUGGCUUACAUGAGACAUUGUAAUUUAUUUGUUCUGUGUUGCCUUUUACUUUCAAUUGUGCAUUGCAUAUAUCCAAAAGAGAUUCAUUUUCAAUAGGAAAUACACAAGUUGCGUAAUCUAUAAGCUCUCGAGUCGACAACAAUACAUUGUAUGGAGCUGUAACAACAUCUUGCAUAACAAUUGGAUAUAUGCAAGGUACUAGUCUGUAAUAACAAUAACUAUUAAAAAAAUUAAUAACAAUAACAUUGACAAUGAGAUGCCAGCUAAUAUUCUUAAUUGUAAUUACACUUUAACACACAAUUCAUAUAUUUUUCUGACAAAGUUAAUACCUAUCUAUAGUAGGAUAAUUAUCAGCCAGUAGCUUUAAAACAGCUGUUCCUAAUCCAGAACCAGUACCACCUCCAACAGAAUGCAUUAAUAGAAAACCAUGUAACUUAGAACACUUUUCUACCAUAUAUCUGAUAGUAUCUUCCAAUUUCUCAUGAUACUCUGUACCAUAAGUAUGAUAACCUACAGCCCUACAAAAUUUAUUAGCAACAUUUCCUUUGCCCAAAAGUAACCCAUCAUAUCAAUUAGAAUGAUCAAGAGAUCAAUACCAAUUAUUGGCAGAUCCUGGAUAAUUUGUAACAACGCAAGCCUGAUCAAACAAGUCACGCACAGGUCCUUUCCUCAAUCCUCCUAUGACACUAUCCUCCAUAUCUAUCAAUAUUGCCUACAUAUCAAGAGAUCCAUGAUAUAUAAAGUUGUCAAUAACAUUAAUUAUUAAUGAUAUAAUUUGAAUAAUAUAACAUUCAUCUGACUUUUUUUUACAAUUGAGUAACAAUAAAAUAAAGUAAUCAAUAUACCCUAGCUUUGACCUUGGCUCGUUUCAAAUCGGUUAUACCUUUGAAGCACAAAUCAUGUGAAUUGUCAGGUACAACAAAGAAGCUGUCGAACGCAUCAGACAAAUCGCCGAUAUUUUUAAUGUGAUCUCGUUGCGUUUUAAGCAAAUUCAUUCCAGUAUUUGUUGUUUGCACGCCGUACUCGUGUAACGCUAAGGGCCAAAACGCCGAACCAAUUUGGUUUCCGCAUUGUCCAACUUGCAACGAGAUAAACUGACUCAUUAUAAAUUUGUUCAAGACAUAUAGAGCUUCAGCACUAAAUUUUCUUUCUGCUUGAUAACUGUAGUAUUCUCUACCAAUGUUUUCGAAUUAUACAGUGAACUCGCGCUACUUUCACGAAGUGAAGUUAGAAAAGAUAACAUCGAUAUGCACUUAAACACUACUAUUGUCGAGAGUCGUUUGUCUCGAUUUUUGAAUUUCAGAUGAUAACCUGCUGACAAAUUCAGUGUUUCUCUAUUUCGCAAAAUUUGUAGGUUAAGGUUAAAAGACCGGUUACUUUUUACUAGACCACAAAAUGGGCAACGGAAUAAUACACUGGUCAACUGUAAUUACCUUUUUAUUUAUUUCUAACUAUCUGUGCACAGAAUCUGCAUCAACCAUGAAAUCAAUAUACUUUUUAAAGCCAGGAGAUGUUAUUGAAAAUGACAAACCUGGGUUACAAACUUUCUGCCAUAGUGCCAAUACAAAAUAUUUGAUACAUAUGUGGAGAACUUUAACAAUACAUUUGAAUACAAAUAUUGAAAAUUAUGAUCUUUACAAUGGAAAAACUUCCCAAGAAGUAACAAAAAAGCAUGAUGAUAAUCAAAGGUCCUGGAGCUUUAAUGUAUUCAGUACAAAAAAGAGCAACAGACUAAAGAUUAAUCCUUUCGAAGAUGUAUGCAUUGGUGUAUAUAUAUAUUCUUCCAAUUUGCACAAAUAUACAGUUAGCAUGAUACAAACACGUAUCGAUGUCUCUGCAUUAAUGUUAAUGCUGAUGGGUGCUACUAUAUUUUGGAAUGGUCAUAAAUUCAGUGAAAAUCCUUUAUUUUAUUAUCUAAGCAGUAUAAUGCUUGGAAUCACCACCUCAAUUAUAAUUUUAAUAUACUUUGUUAGCAAAUUUCUAUUAAGGGGUAAAAUGAUGUACCUCACGAUUGUCACUGGUUGGACAAUGAGUUUUUAUCUAAUCCAAAUUUUAUGGGAAAAUAUCCAAUUAAUCGUUGUAGAGUAUAGAGAAUUUGUUGCUUGGUACAUUUUAUUAACGUCUCUUAUCAGUUUCGUCAUUGCUUAUCGGUUUGGUCCUGUUACAAACGUUAGAACGAAAAAACUUAUUCAAUGGUUUCUACAGAUAGCAGGAUUGGUUAUCAUGUAUUAUAGCAGUUAUUUUCGUGAGGCAUCAAGUUUUUGUUGUAUCUUAAUUUUUCUACUUUAUAACUUUCCUACUGUAAUAAUUCAAAAAGGCAGAAUCUAUUGGUUCGCCAAGUUCAUGGAGGGUGACUCGCAUUUACUCGACGACGAGUCUCAAGAGCAUGACGCAGAAAUAACAAGAAUUAUAGAGGAGUGUGAAUAUACGGAUGAUGAAGAUGAUCUGUGAUAAAAUGUGCAUAAAAAAAGUUGUUUGUUAUACGAAGAAAAUAAUUCAUAAGCACAAACUAACAAUUGAUGAGUUUCCGUGAAAUCUUGCACAUUGCCCGGAAACAUUUCAAGUACAAAAUUGCCGAAUUCUUUACUCUCAAAUAUAAUUGUAUUUUGUAAUUUAUUAAAUAACUAGUGUUCUUUUCUAUUUUACCAAC